AUGGCAACAAAAUAAAAAUCAAUAGAAGAUUAUAGAAAUGCUGUGAAGUUAUUAAAAUUAAAAGUGUUAAAAUUGUAAAAGUAGAAUGAGGAGUUAAUAGAUAAAAUGAGAGAAUAGGGUAUUCCUUUGGAUUCUUAACAUGAUUAAAUUGAUUUAAGUAAUUAAGCAGUUAUGGGAAUUUUUUCAAGAAGUUGUAGAAGAAUAGGAUUAACUCCAGAGAUGAUGUUUAGAGCAUCUGAUAGAGAAGGAUAAGGAUAAAUAAGUACUGAAGAUAUGAGAUUAUUUUUAUCAAAAGUUAGAUUAGGAUUGAAUAAUACUUAAUUAACAAUGUUGGUUAGAAUUUUUGAUGAAGAUUGUUCAGGAGUGAUAAAGAGAGAAGGUAAAAUAGAAAAAUUAAUAUAGAGUAUUAUGAUUGUUUGUAAGCCUAUGGAAUAAAUGAAGAGAGAGUAUAAGGUUAGGCUAGAACUUAUGGUUAAGAGAGUUUGUUAAAAUAUGCUCGUUUACUAUUGAUGAAUAGAAUGUCUGUUGAGGAUUCUCUUAAAAAAUUAGGAGAUAAUAUAAUACCAUCUCAUUUUGUGUAAUUCUGUUAAAAAUUAUAAGAUCAUUCAUUCAUGGAAUAGAUGGAUCAAAUUUAUUAAAUGAAAAAGAAAUUAUAGCAGUUUUUAACCAUAUAGAUGUAAAUAAGAGUGGAGUACUUUAAGCAACAUUUUAUGAUUAAGAGGUUAGAAAAGCAAUGAGAGUUGCAUAAUCAGAUAUAGGUUUAGGAGUUUAGAUUAAUCAAAAUGUAGGAGGAGGUGGAGGAUAUACUAUUCCUAAAUCUUAACCAGUUGGAAUACUUAAACCAAGUUAAGCAUCAUAAUAAUAACUGGAUCCAUUUAGAAUGACUUAAACAUAAAUGGGAUAAUCUAAAUCAGGUAUGAAUAUGUCAUCAUCACAUGCAUUUUUAAAUGAAACUAUUAUUAUGUUAACAGAUGAAGAUAAAAAGAAUAUUUAAACUAUUAUUACUAAACUUAAAGCUUAAGGUGUUGAUGCUAUUGAAUUUAUAAGAAUUGUUAUAUAAUAAUUAGAAGUUCCAGGAGCAGGAAUUAUGUUAUAUGAUUUUUAUAAAAGAUUUGAUAAAAAAAUACCAAAAAGUGAUUAAUUAGCAUUUUUUAAUGCUAUAGAUUUAAAUAAAAAUGGAUCAAUAGAUUAUGAUGAAUUAAUGGUCUUUUUUUAAGAAUUCAAAUCUUAAAAAGAUAAUUUUGAUUUGUUAUUUGAAAUUUUAACAAGAAAAUUAUAAGCUUUAGAGAUUGGAAUAGUUUAACAUUUAGCAUCUGAAUAAAUAUAUGAAGAUACAUAAUUAACACCUGAUUAAUUUUAUUAAUUAGCUUAGAUUUUAUUUUCAUGUCCAUCUAAAAAACAUUCUGAUGCAUUAUUUUCUUAUUUUGAUAUAGAUGGAUCAGGAAUAUUAUCAGCAUAAGAAAUAAUUGAUUAAGUUUAAAAGAUCUUAUCUAUAUAUAUUCCAUAGAAAACAAUGAAUUUAGAUAAUACAUUAAAUAAAUCAAUGAGAGCUUCAUUAAAAUCGGUAGGAGAAUAUGCUACAACAUUAUCAAAAUUAAAACCUGUAAUAACUGAGGAUGAUUGUUUUUAAAAGUACAGAAUGGAAGGAAGUGGAAAGACAUUACAUAAAGAAGAAACAAAAUGGACAACAAUAUUUAAUUCUGAUUUAGCAUGUUUAAGAUAUGUAUAUGAGGAGAUAUCAAAAUUGGAAUAGAAUCCAGGUACAAAAUGGGAAGAUCCAGAAUUUGGACCUACAAAAGAAGAUCCAUAUGGUAGUAAAAGUAUGUAUUUUGCUGAUAAUGAUGUACCAGAAGGUGCUCCUUAACCUAAGGAAUGUAAAUGGUUAAGACCAGAAGAAUUAUUAGCUAUUUUAGUAGAGAAUGGAGAUGAACAAUAUAAAAAUAGUCAUGUUGAUGUAUUUGAUGAAGAUGGAGCUGCAUCUAAUGAUGUUUGUUAAUCUAAAUAUUUAGGUAAUUGUUGGUUUGUUUCAGCAUUAUCGAUUAUUUCAGGAUAUGAAUAAUAUUUAUAAGGAGAUUUUGUAAUUACUUAAGAAUCAAUAUAAGAAUUAACAGAUUAAGAAGUUAAUGGAAUGCUUAUAGGAGUAUAUCCACCAUGUUUUAAAUUCUUAAGAAAAUAUGGUAUUUAUGUUAUGAGAUUCUUUAAAAAUUUCGGAUGGAAAUAUGUUGUUAUAGAUGAUAAAUUAUGUGUCAAAGAUAAUGAAUAUGUAUUUGGUAAAUGUAGAAAACCUACAGAAUGUUGGGUUAAUUUAAUUGAAAAAGCUUAUGCAAAACUUCAUCAAAAUUACUUUGCUUUAACAGCAGGAGACAUUGCUUAAGGAUUAGCAGAUAUGACUGGUAAAGUACCUGAUAAAAUAAAGUUAUAAGAUGAUUGCAAAGUAAAAGAAAAAAGAGAAGAACUUUGGAAUCUUUUAUUAAAAUGUAAGAAGGAUGGAACUAUGUUAGGAUGUAGUGCUGAAGGUGGUACUGAAUUAUAUAUUAAAAUAAAUGAUGAAGAUACAGGUGUUAUGAGUGGACAUGCUUAUGGUAUUUUAGAUGUAUUUGAAAUUCCUGAUUAGAGUUGUUAAAAUUAUCAUAAAUCACAUAGAUUACUAAAGAUUAGAAAUCCAUGGGGAUAUGGAGAAUGGAAAUUAAAAUGGUCAGAAACUCCAGAUUAUUCUGCUAAAUUAGAUAAAUGGAUUGAUUGGAUUAAUGAUUAUUAUUAAAAAGAAAUUGAAAAAGCUAAAUCAGAAGAUAGAGAACCUCCAGAACCUUAUGUUUAUGGAUAAGAUGAUGGUACAUUCUUUAUGUGUUUCAAAAGUUGGAGAAGUGUGUUUUCUAAUCUAUUUUAAUGCAUGUAUUUAAUAAUAUAUUAAAUUUAUAGUGAUUUUCCUAAAGAUUGGAGUGGAUUAAGAGCAUUCGAUACAUUUGGAUUGUAGAGUUCAGGAGCUCCAAUGAAAAAUGAAGCAUCUUUAAUUUAAUAUGCUUAGAAAAAUCCAUAAUAUAUUAUUUAAUUAAACAGAAAAAAGGGAGAUAAAACUAAUAUGUACAUUUAAAUGUAAUAAAUGGAUGGUAUUAUAUAUAUUUAUCAAAUUAAAUUAGGUAGAUUAUUUUUAGGAGAAAGAUAUCCAUUCCCAAAUGUUAUGAAACCUAUUUUACUUUGUGUAUUUUCUUUAGGAUCUGAAAAAUGUUUAGCCAAAUUUGAUGAUUUUAAGAAAGUUGCGACUUCUGGCAAAUUAAAUCUAAGAAGAGAAAUUGAUACUAAUGAUAUAUGUUUAAGUAAUGGUAGAUAUGCAGUAAUACCAUGUACAAAAGAGGCUGCUUAAUAAAUUGAUUUUACUUUAAGCUUUUAUUUUGAUUGUGAUAAGAGUGAAAUCUAAAUUACAAAAUACGGUGAUCCUCGUUUUAAAUUUUAUCCAAUUACAGAAGAAGAAGAAGAAGUAAGUAAAGCACCUGAAGAAUUGAAAAGAUUAUUAAAAAAAUAAGCUUAAGAAGUAUUAAGUUAAUAAUGA